UGCCUCAAGGUUGGAAGACAUAAAGCCUGGGUGCGUCUCAGCAGAGGAGAAACACAAAAGAGGAAGUGGCUCAUACAGGAAGUGGAUGGCAGCAGAGGGAGGAGCGGACAGCUGACUGAAGCCAGUUUCAUUUUCACACACAGAGUCAACACAGCGUGAUCCUGCAGAGCCCUCAGUGUGAUCACUAACAGCUGGUCAUGGACGUCAUAGAGCCCAUCCUGUCUCUGGCCAAAGACAUCUACUCCUUGGUGGAGAACGUGAAGGCCAACAAGAAGCGCUGCCACCGUGUGUGUGAGAGAGUCCGGGCCCUUGAUAAGCUGGUGAGGUCCAUCCAACAGAGAGGCGAGGGGAAAAUCUCUGUGGACGUAGAGACAGCUCUUCAGGAACUCUGCUUCACCCUGACGUCAGCGCAGGAACUCAUCGAGCAGUACACAAAGGCCAACUGGAUCAAACGAUUCCUGAAAUCAGGGAACCACGAAGAAGAGUUCAACAGCGUGAAUGAACGGCUCAGCGAUGCUUUCCAGGUGCUGUCCGGAGCUCUGCAGGUGGAGCAGGGGAACAUCCUGUACGAGGUGUUCGAACUGACCUCCAGAGAGAAAGAGGACGAGGUGGACGGGAAUGAGGACGACACUGAGCUGAAGAAAAUGCUGAAUGACUACAUGAAGGAUCAGCAGGUUCAAUUCGAUAAGAUGAUGAAAGACUUCCAAGAAAUGAAAACCAACGUGGAGAAGGUCGUGGAGAUGAUGAACAAACCCAGCGCCACGGAUGAAGUCAUCCGACUUAUCAAACCGGAUGAGAUCGGGUACGAACAUCCCAAAAAGCCCUUCCUGAUCACGCCUACCUCGGAGGUGUACAGAGGAGAGUACCGCGGGUUCAAGGUGGCCAUCAAGAGAUAUACCGACCCUGUGAGCACCAGCCCCAGAAGCGACAACACAACAGUCACUGACUCGUCAAGCAGCGACUGGGCCGCUCUGCAGAGAGAGAUCCGCUCUGUUUUCAACAAGGAAGUGGAAACCAUGAGGCGGUUCGAGUCGCCUAACAUCCUGCGAAUGUUUGGCAUCUGCGUCCAGGACGAGGAGGGACCACAGCCUCAGUUCCUCAUCAUCAUGGAGUACUGUGAGAAGGGAAGUCUCCGACAGGUGCUGAGCUCGACUUGUAACCUGCCCUGGUUAAGGAAAGCUUCCAUGUGUCUGGACGCAGCAAACGGACUCUACAGGCUGCACCAGACGGAGAAAAAGUCAAAGGUUCAUGGAUGCAUCGACAGCAGCAAGUUCCUUGUAGCUGAAGGCUACAUAGUGAAGCUGGGAGGUUUCGAGCUGGCUAAAACAGAGACGUCCCUGAAAAGAACCUCCAAGAAAGCGAGCCGCUCGGUGUGUUACUCGUCCCCUCAGAUGCUCAGCGACAUCAACCAAGGCUACAGCAAAGAGUGCGAGAUGUACAGCUUUGGAAUCGUUCUGUGGGAAGUUGCAACUCGCAAGAAGCCUUUUGAAGGUUUGUCGAGUAAGGAGAUUCUUCAGAAAGUGUGCAAAGAGAAGUUUGUGGAGCCGCUCCCUGACGACUGCCCGGAACAACUGGGAAGUCUGAUCAACGCCUGCCGGGCCUACGACAGCUUCAAGAGGCCGUCUGCUGGAGUGCUGGUGGAUAAACUGCGCAGCGUGGUGAGACACUUAGAGGAGCAAUAAAACAACCAGGAAGUGUUUACCUGGAAGUGGAAGUCAUACUUUGUUUUUAAGUUUACUGUAACUUUUCAGGGAUCCAUCUUCAACAAUCACAUGAAACAGUGACGUGUUUGUUUUAAUGCAGCUUUUGAAAAAGAAAAAAUGUAAGGUUACAUUUUAUAUAGAUAAUUAAUCUAUAGUGUGAAUAACAACAGUGACAUCUAGUGGUGAAAUCGUGAACUACAACAUACGGUAAAUUAAUAUAACUCUCUACCUUCAUGCCAAGUCAAGUUUGGAGUUCAGAUUUCCUUCUGUUACCAUGAUGACUGUGAAUCGCUGUACAAUCCCUGAUGAUGUUUACAUGCUUCAAUGUGCUGCACAAAUAAAAUAAACAAACUCAAACAUGUUGCCCUG